AGUUAAAUAACUUUAAUGCUGGAAGAAGUGGAAUUUAUAAAUAAUUGUAGACUAUACUUAUCAUGGAGGUUUCUUUGUAAAUGACUCUUGCAUGUUAAAUAUUAAUAUAAAAUAUGAAUCUGGGUCCGAAAAGUUUUGAUAAAAGAUUUGCAGACUAUUUUGUUAUUUGUGGGUUAGAUAUUACUUCAGGGUUAGAACCAGACCAGCUUUCAGGGGAUAAACUACAUUGUACACCAUUGGACAGACCCUAUCGAUCCAAAGUUUUGGCACACUACCCAGACAAUGUGCCUUGGAAUCCUUUUGAUGAAAAAGCUGUUGGGAUGCUGUGUCAUCCUCGAGGAUUGUCUUUUAGAACACAGAAACAUACCCAUGGCCCAUUGUUUCAUUCAUUCAUCAUCACUCGAGAAGAUGGAACUCGGACCUAUGGUCAUACCCUCACAUUCUAUGAAGAAGUUAGAGAUAGACAAAUCUGUGCUGCUAUGCAGACAUUACAGGCAAUGCAUCUUACAGAACUAAGCAGCAGUAAAACUCAAGCAGCAUUGGUAAUUAAUGAUUCGGGAAGCAGUCAUUCUUUACCUCGUUCCUUCAAGCUAGGUUUUCGUCAACAUGCUGCAAAGGACUCACUCUACGAUGUUAUAAGAGACACACUGUAUGUUACUAAGUGUAUCUGUCUUAUAACUCAGUUACCCAUAAUCUUGGCAUGCAGAAGAUAUCUUGAAGGACUUUAUAGUUUUGUGGCAUCACAAGAACCACCACCGUUACCACUAGAGUGUUAUGUGUAUAAUAUCUUGUAUGAGGUGCCACUGCCAUCACCUGGCCGAAGUCUCAAGUUUUCUUGCUUUGGCCAAUCAGUGAUGUGCCAAAGGCCAGGGGCUGGGGAAUUGCCUCUGUUUGAAUACUCCUUGCAGGAGUUAUUUUCCACACUAGGUGUGGUCAAUGUAGUUCAACUCUUCUCAUGUGUCUUGUUAGAAAACCAAGUUCUGUUGUGUUCUAAAGAAUAUCACAAGUUGAUGUUAGUAGCAGAGGGUAUCACAACUCUUUUGUUCCCUUUCUCAUGGCAACAUGUGUAUGUGCCUAUCCUCCCUGCCUCUCUUCAACAUUUUCUGGAUGCUCCAGUUCCUUAUAUCAUGGGAUUACAGCAUAGCACAGAAGACAGGUCACAAUUGUGUAUACCUGGAGAGGCAAACUUGUGUUUUGUUGAUAUUGAUAGCCUAACCAUGGAUGUACCUGAAGAUACUCCUAAAUUACCAUACACAACCAACUUAAUAGCAGAAAUAUGUGAUAUAUUUGACACAUUUGGUAUUCCUCAGCCUCCAGAGGGAAUAGAUAGGAAUUUGAAUCAAAGAGGUUCUCACAGACAACAACAUACUCGAAAACUUUCAUGGAGUUUUGAAAGUGGAGACUCGGGAAUGAGCAGUUCGGGCAGCAGUGCUCGUAGCUCUUAUAGUAGUUUAGCCAUCACUCAUAGCCACAUCUUUCAGCAAAGUGAAGCUUUACAAAGGGUAACAGCAAUAGCUAGAAGAACAGGAGUUAUAACAUCUCUACAAGACUUGCAGAAACCAAAGAAACAUGAAUGUGAAAGAAUUAAGAAGUCUCUAGCAAGUAAUGAACAACAAUAUGUGGAAGAUCUCAAGUUUAAUAAUGCAAUUCGUGAAGUUUUCCUUAAUAGAUUCAUCCAGAUGUUUAGUUCCUAUGAUCAUUUUGUCAUUCAGCCAAACCAGCAAGAUCUGGAGCAGUGGGUGAGCUCAAGAGAGAGUAUGCAGAACUUUGAUAAAACUGCUUUCCUCUCUGACCAACCAGAACCCCAUCUUCCAUUUCUUUCUCGUUUUAUUGAGUCACAGAUGUUUGCUACUCUGAUCGACAACAAGAUCAGGUCUCACUGGGAGGAGCCAGACAGUAAUUUAAAGGUAUUUGACUCUCGUAUUAAGCUUAUUCGGGAGAAUAACAGAGAUUCUCUUAUUCGAGCACCAUGUUAUGAACCAUGUGCAACUUUUAGGGAUACUGAAGUUGUCAUAGAUAAACGAGCAUCAGCUGCAGAUAUUGUAGCACCUUCACCUCGAGCCUUAGAGAUUUCACCAGAAGUAGUGAGUAGAAGACGGCAUAUUGCAGGCCAUUUUCCUCCACUAGAUGUGUCAGUAUUGAAUCGAGAACCUGCCUAUAGCAGAUCAAAGAAGAGAUCUAAUACACAAUGGAAAAGAAGAGACAGACAGAUGCAGCUUGCAGAGCAUCUUCAGCUAAAUAUAGGUCAAAAAGAGCGUUAUAUUCAGGAAGCACGGAGUAAAUCAGUCCGUCAUCCGAAGCUUUCUGACAUGUCUCCUGCCAUUAUUGCCCGAACAAAUUGGAAAUUUGUAGAGGCCUUACUGAAAGAAUGCAAAAUGAGAACAAAACGAAUGCUAGUGGAGAAGAUGGGACAAGAAGCAGUAGAGCUGGGUCAUGGGGAAAUCAGUAUUACAGGUCUUGAGGAGAACACAAUCAUAGCCAGUUUGUGUGACCUUUUAGAACGUGUCUGGAGUCAUGGUUUGCAGUCAAAACAGGGUAAAUCAGCUUUGUGGUCCCAUCUACUUAGCUACCUUGAAGUAGAAGAGUGUAAAAGUUCAGGAAAACCCAUUGAUCCAAAUUUCCUUACACCUGCCUUGGCUUGGUGUGUGCUCAGGAAACGAAUUGACUUUCCAGCCCAUCCACAGAAUACAAGAAGUUUUGGUCUGCCUGAGUUUUUCUUGUCUCUUAAAAGUGGGGCUUUCAGCACUAUUGCUAGUCACCUUGCCAACAUUGACAUAUCAACAUUAGCAUUGGAAGGAGAUUCUCCAAGCCGUAGAGAGAACAAAGACAAAAGGAGGCCUAGAACUCCUGAUCUUCCAGCACUUAAACCUCUCUCUAUAUCAUUGGUAUAUGAUGUCAAAAAUGUCCAAGCAAUGACUGAAAUAAAAACUGACAUUGGGUAUGCUAGAGCGUGGGUACGGUUGGCAAUGGAAAAGAAGCUCCUUUCAAAACACUUGAAGAAGUUAUUGUCCAAUCAGGAAUUACUCAGGAGCCUGUACAAACGAUAUGCUUUCUUACGUUGUGAUGACGAGAAAGAACAGUUUCUUUAUCACUUGCUCACACUGAAUGCUGUAGAUUAUAAAUCCUUUACUAACACUUUUACCUCUACUGUUAUGCCUUAUCGGGUGAUAAUCUUCCCAAGCCGAAAGAUGAGUGGCUCCACUACCUCUGCAAAUGCUUGGAUCAUUGUUUCUGGUACUUUAGGAGAAACAAGAAUAAUUGAUUUGCCAAAACAAAGCCUGGAGAUUGUCUUCCAACAUAAAAACCUAGGAAUCCUCACAACAGUAAGAAUUGGUCAUGACAAUACAGGAAUAUCUCCCAAGUGGAUGGUAGAGCAUGUUGUGGUUCGAAAUGAGAUUACAGGCCAUGCUUACAAGUUUCCAUGUGGACGAUGGCUUGGGAAAGGAGUUGAUGAUGGCAGCACCGAGCGUCUCCUAGUGGGAGAACUUGUUCCAGCUGAUAUAGAUAAUGAAGAAUUAGCAGAAACUUGCAGAACACCACCCCGGUGUCGAUCACCUAGUGUUCCAAGGAGGUCCAGUGAACCAAAGCUAACUGUCCCUGAGAUACAACAGAUUCUGGGAGAUGCAGUGAACAAUAUUGUGAAGUAUUUCUACAAGUCUGAUAAAGAGAGAGGGAGUUUGACAAUCUUGUUGUGUGGUGAAUUGGGGUUAGUCUACUGUUUGGAGCAAGUUUUCCUUUACGGAUUUAAAGCCACUCGAUUCUUUAGACAAGUAUAUCUGUGGGACUUUUUUGUGAAAAUCCGAGCAUAUUUUGGUAGCAUACUGCAGGAAGAGCAGAGCACUGACAGUCCAGUACCUUGGGAUUCUCUUGAACAUGUCUUACUUAUGAGAUCAUACUGCCAGCUGGUGGAUAAGAUUGAUAAUGUCUCACAUUCUGUAGGAAAAGAUGGAAAAUUUCAAGUAUUUAUUUGUUUAGCAGCACGAGAUCACCUCCUUCAUCGGAUGCUGUUGCAUAUUGCUUCUAGUCCAAUUACUUCUAGCAUGUACGAGGAACAGUCAUUCUUGCGGGAUCCGACCUUAGUCACCUUUCUGGUACAGAUCUUGGAGAGCUUGUCAGAGUUCACCAUUUCUUUGGAAUCCUCUCUCACUAAAGGUGUAGAGAGUUGAUAUCACUUUGGCUGAAAGUUUUAUAUUAUUUCCCACUAGCUUAACACUAAAAUUUCUUCCUGUUUUAUACUAGCUAUGCUAAUUCUGCAUUAAUUAGUAGAUAAACAAUAGGAAAGAAGGUGAUUUGCUACUUUUUAUUAUGUGAAAAACCUUCUGUUUGUCAUUUACAACUCAUGUCAAACUAUUCUUGUACAAAAAAGGUCCACCUGUACAUAAAUAUCAUCACUUAUUUAGAAAUCAUAAACAUUACCAUAAAUACUCAGUCCUUUUAUACUAACCUAUUUGAUUACAAAUCAAAUACUGAACAUUAAAAUUUCCAUUAGAAGGCAUAUUUUUUGUUUGUUAUUUAAUGCUAGUUUGCAAUCAAUUAAUUCUGUAUUUGCAGAUACGUCUAUGUCGUAACAAUAAAAUGAAAUACGUUGGUGGUAUGAUGUAACAAACGUCAAUGUUUAAAAACUAUAUGAAAGAGCAAAAUUAAUCAUUAUGCAAAGGCCUGUGAAGAAAAUUAGGAAACAAUUUGACACACUGGUAUUUUUUGUAGUGAAAUCAUUUAUCAGUAUAGUACAAGUAGAAAGGUAGUUUAAUGUUGUGGUGGUUUUACAUCACUUUUGUCACUUGUUAAUCCAGAAUUUGUUUAUUGUAUACUAAAGGUGCAUAGUGUUGAAACAAAACAAAAAUGGGUACAUUUUCAAAGGCAGAACUGGAACUUAAAAAAUAUAAGUAUGUGAGAAAACAAACUAAGCUAAUUGAUAACCAAUAUACUAAGAGAUACCUAUUCUAACUUAUCACUUGCUUUUUUCAUGGUUUUAAUUUUUUUUAUCACUUUGUAAACAAACUUCUAUCUUAUAAACUCCUCAGUGGUAUUUUGAUAGCUUUUUCUGCACAUGUGUCAAAUUAUGGAUGCAUAUUUUGUCUUUACAGUUUUGGAAAUGUUUGAUUUUUGUUUUGUUUCCUAAUUUGGAAACAUCAUCUUUCAUAAUUGAAUUGAACAAAAAUUUUCCACUGUGUGAAAAAAAUAUAUGGCAAUAUUUAUGAAUGAAAAAUAAGUCAACUUUUUUUUUCUUUUUAGUUAGCUUAUUAAAGUACUUAAUUCUUUCUCAUUGUUGUUUGUAGUUCUGUUUCCAAAAUAUUUAGGAAAAGAUUCUAUUAUUGACUUUGUUCUUUGAUCCAGAACUAGAAGGUACUAACCAUUAAAGUUAGGUGUAUAUAGUUUGUAAAGAAAAGUGUGAAAUUUUUAUUUUAUUAUAAUGUUUUCUUUUUGUAUAUGGUCAUUAAAUUUUGUCAAAACUUAUGUCUAUGAUUUAAAUCUUGUAUUUCAGAAUGGAGGUUUGACAUACAUAAAUUCCUCUGAGUACUUGUAGUAUGGUUUAGUUUUUGUAGAACAAGCAUGUUGUGUAUAACAGUACAAAUUGUUUUCUGUUUGUUGCACUGACAACUUAAAUGUUAUUGAAGUUUUGUUACAAUUUUUUAAAAAUGAGGAGAACUUCAGAUUUUUUUUUCCUCGUGGAAGAAUGAUCUCUUGGUUGUAUGUCUGUCCAUUUCAAAUGUAUUCAUACUGACAAUGUUUAUAUCGAAAGUGAAUUGUGUGUGUGUGUAUAUAUAGACACACAUGUAUAUAUAUAUAUAUACCUGCUUACCAUAUUUAUUGUAGUAUUAUAUUUGAUUUCUUGCAUUCAGUCCAUGUAUGUAGUAGUUAGAAUAAUUUUUGAAUCAAGAUAUUAUUUGAAUUACACCGAAGAUUGUCAGAGCUCAUCAGAAAAACGUGGUUGUGCAAUAUUAACUUUCAAUAUUUGUUAUAUCCUAUGGGAUUAAUAGUAUCGUUGUUGAGCUAAUUACAUUAUUAAGACAAUUUUACAAAAUAUUACUUUAUUUUAUUGGAAACUAGAAAGUACCAACUUGCUCAUUAAACACAAUCCAACUCCUCAAGAAAAGUAGUUUACAAAGCACAACGUUGAUAUUCUAGGUUAUUUAUGCUGUUAAGAAAACCACAAAGAAAAAUAGCCAGCAUGUGAAAUCUGAAACAUAAUUUUUGUAUUUUUUAACAUUUUGUUUUUUUUAUGAUACAAAUUAUGUUCAAGAAUUUUGCCUUCAAAAUAUAUAUUUUACUUUCAAACUACUAAUUAUACAUUAUGAUGAGAUUGAGUGUAGUAACCUAAGCAUGAUUUUACUUUUUUACUGGUUUGUUGAUAGUUGACAUCAACUAAAUGCACAUGAUUUUAGGUGUGUACAAUUUUAACAGUGAAGUUGUAAUUGAGUUUAAGCUUUAUAAGCUUUGUCUAUUUACAUUCCAGACAAGUUCGUCUUAUACAGUAUUUUAAUAUAAUGUUUAUUUUAUAUAUAUAUAAUAUAUAAUGCUUUUUUGUUCUGUAGUAGCGUAGCUCUAGUAGAAUUUGAUUAUUUCGCGUUUUGUAUAAAUACAUCUGUGUUUGGUUAAGUCAGUGUGAACUAUUUAGAAAUAUAUAUAUUCCGACUACUGCACCUUAGAAGGUUUGAUGUAAUUUAUUUUGAACAAGUGUGCCCUAAAUAGUUAUUCCGUCUCUUUGAAUGUACUGUCAGUUAUUUCGAGAACAAUCAACUUGUAUGUAACCGUGUAUACUUUUGCUGUAAAAUAUGUAUCACAUUCGAUAAAAACACUUUCCUCACA